GUAGUAAGUCGCCUUAUCAAACCAUCCUGACCUCCAGACAAAGAUAAAUGCCAACUGAAAAAUAGUCAACUACUAGAAACACAUUUCGGAACGUUAAAUAAAAAAUAUGGAAUCCUAUGGUUUUCUGCUUUUUAUUUCCGGGAUGCUGGCGUUUUCCCAAGGGCAGAUCAGCGUGUUUGCACAGACUGUGCCGGGCGUCGGCUCUACGCCGCCGACGGCGGUGCGCUACGCGCUGCUGCUAAAGGAGCUUGCCGCGGUCACGGAGGGCCGGGCCACACUGGAGGAGAGGGUUCAUCGCUACCAGCAGGCGUACACCGCUCUUAAGCGCCGCAUCGACGCACAAAAAGCAAGCUGCACGUGUUUCAAUGCAACUACUGUGGCAUUCACAGCCCAUCUGGACAAAGACGUAUCAGUUCUCGGUAUCGACCAACCGCUUCCUUUCGACAACGUCACGCUGAACGACGGCAACGCUUACGACGCUAGGCACGCCCAGUUUCGCGCUCCUUUUAACGGCACGUACCAAUUCUACGUCUCAAUAGCAACCAGGGCAGGUUAUCUGGUUGCUGCUGACGUCAUGCUUAACGGAAACCCAGUCGUGAAACUGCGGACGGGAAAUCAAAAUCAGGUCAACUCGGCCACCACGGGCGUGACGUUGACCCUAAACGCAGGGGAUGACGUAUGGGUCCAACACGACCAUGCGAUCGCUGACUCUAACCGUCUCUUCUACGACGAAGGUUUCUUAACGACAUUCACGGGUCAUUUGGUCAAUAAAAUAAAAUUAGAAGGAGUAAGGAGGCAUGCUUAAAGACAUCAUUUUUGUACCACAACCCACACUGGCCACAGGUGGAAGUAACGUACCCUGGAUAGUAUAUGGGUCCAGGAGCCCAAUAUAUUCAAACAAAUAUAUAUAAUUGUGUUUUAUGAGAGAAAAAAUGACAAAGAGCCAUGAGAAAAAUCCCCAACCUCUGAUAUUGGAAUCAUAAAACUGACAGUUUUUAGAAAUCAACAAAGGAGUUAUUCCGUCACUAUCAAAGAUUCCAAGAAAGAAAAAUACAAUCCAUUGUGAAUUUUUUUCAUUGAUUUUCUUGGAUGGAACAUAUGUGAACUUUUCUAGAACUGUGAAGAUUCUAUUUAUGUCUGUCUGUAUACAAAAAUAAGUAAAAGAACUCACUACCUAGACCACUGUGUUGUGAUAAUUUUUUAGUAAGACAGUGUAAUUCUAAAGAGUCGCAACAAGCUUGUUUAGUUAAUGCAUAAAGAAGAUUUCCUGUGUAUUGUAAAAUACAUCAAUUGGCUGUUA